AUGGAACAGGAAGAAAUUCACCUCACUAAGGUAGAGCAAUUUUUGGAUAAGGAUAUCAAUGUACCUAAUUCAGAUGAUGCAAAUGUGCUCCACAAUCAUAGGGCAUUUGCAAUAGCUGAAGAAUAUCUUGCUGUCAUCCAAAAUGCUCAACUAAUAAUAAACCUCCAUACCAUGAUGAUGGGCUAUAAUGCCUUUGCACAAAAGAUCCUUUAUAUUAGUCUCCUUGGCCCUAACUCUAUGGCCAUAGAUGGCUCUAUACCUAUAAAGGUUAUAGAAACACUGUGCCAUUGUUUUUGCAUCAAUCAUGAUUUCUAUUUCAACAAAAAUAGACAGCAUGCUAAUAAUAUCAACUACAAAACAAAAUUCAAUCCUCGUAAGGGAAUCCUCCUCUUGUAUAGAAAGAGUAUUGGCAGUGAGACUAGAGACAAUAGAGAGGUUGGUGUUAAGGAUGAAGACUAG